AUGUUUCGCGAAUUUGCUAUUUCGGAAGAAGAAGGUGGAGGUAUCGCAAUGAGAGAAACAUUCGCCACAGUCGUGACACUUUUAGCCCUUACCGGACACCUGUGUAGCGGGGCUGGACUCGCGAUUGGUAAAGUCACGGUAGGUCCGGUCACUGUUGGACCGGUAACGGUAACAGUGGCGCCUGUCACCGUCCCGUCGGUAACUGUUGGACCUAUUUCCGUGUCCGUCGCACCUAUUACGGUUCCACCCGUAACUGUCUCGAUACCGGCAGUGACAGUACCUCCUGUAACAGUUCCAUCACUCGCCAUUACCGUACCAACCUUGGGAGUUACAGUUCCAACGCUGGGCGUUACAGUUCCGACGUUGGGAGUAACAGUGCCCACGCUCGGCGUCACAGUGCCAUCUGCCAUCCCCAUACUUGGCUCGGUGGCAGGUCUACUGACCACUACAACGACUGCUGCACCAACCACGACCACAACAAAAGCACCUGACAGUACCGUCAGUUUCAACAUCGGUGGCAGCAUUCUCACUGUUGUUGCAUCUGACGUAGCAACAAUUCAGGCUGUAAUUGCUGCCUUACAAGCGGCUGCUGUAACUACUACAGUUGCACCCACAACAACAACAACCACAGCCGUUCCAACUACAACAACGACUACAGCUGCGCUAACGACCACGACUGCGGCCACGACCACAACGGCAGCAGCCACAACAACAACCUUCACUGCCGCAGCAACUACCACAACUGCUGCAGCAGCCACAACAACGACCACGACCACUACCGUAGCUCCUACAACUCAGGCGUCAGGAUCUAUUUCGAUCUCUAUCACGAUCAAUUACAAUGGGUCUAACGUUGUUGUGGUAGCUAACAAUGCUUCACUGCUCACACUGCUUACACAGCUGCUUAAUCAACUGUCCUCUACCACAACAACUGUCGCAGCAGCGAGUAGUUCAACAUCUUCCACCACGACAACGACCACCACAACGACGGCAGCUGCACCGACGACAACUCGUCGCGGAGGUGGUUGCCAUAGACACGAUCACAGCCACGAGCAUUUCGGCUUCGGAUUUGGUGGAAGAAUCGGUAUCGGUGGUCCUGGCGGUGUCCUGAGCAUUGGCGGAGGAAUACGCAUUGGAAGGCCACCGGUCGCUCCUCCUGCUCCGCUCAUCACAUCCGCUCCAAUAGUACCGUUCGCUCCGGUUGUUAACCCUAUUGGUCUCGUUGCCCGACCCGUGCUGACUGCUGCUGGGCGCAUUGUGAAUGGAAUAGGGCAAGGCCUUAGCAAUAUAGCAGGUGGAAUUGCAAAUGCGGCUGGUGCAGGACUUUCUGCGGGGGUAGGUGUGGGCGGUGGUUUUGGCAUUGGUUUGGGCGGCAGAGGUAGUGUAGCGUUGAUGGGUUAGGGAACUGGGAAUAAAACUACAAUAAAGAUAUACACUUGAAUGGUAA